UCUCCAUCUCCCGCCGGUAUUGAGGAGGAGGGGGGCAGGCAGGGAUCCCCUUUCUGGCUGGGCGACCGUCGCCAUGGUGUUCACCCUCCGGAUCCCCGACGAAGUGAGGUCGCUGCCGCCUCAGCCGUUGUUCAACUGGUGCACGGCGACCUUGGCCCUGGAAGGCUGGCUUGGCGCCGUGCUUUAUAACGCCCUCUGCAAGAGACCCCUCCUGGGGGCAGGGGUCCACCGGCAAAUCCUUUGGGCGUCAGCGGGCUUUGGCAUUGGAUAUUACUUAAGGAAGCGAUCCGACUGGUUUUAUGCCAAGAAGGAAAGAGAUAUGAUGGAGUACAGAAGGCAUCACCCAGAAGACUUCCAGGAACCGGAGAAGAGAUACAUGGCAGAAGUCUUGGAGGAGUUUCAUCCAAUUCGCUGAAGACGUGGCAAGAGGCUGCUAUCUCAUGCUACCUUGUUUAGGUACCCGUCUCUUCGCCUACCCAUGCUCUUGUGUGGGGAACUUGCACAGAACACAUUAUGUCAGCGGUUGGGGCACAAUGCUGUGUCCAAACAUGGACUAUAAUCUCAGUCAUUAAAGUUAUGAAUAAGUAUUUA